GAAACUACUUUGCAAGUCACUUCUUUAUGGGAGGCGAAAAGUUUGACACCCCUCACCCUGAGGGUUACCUUUUUGGUGAGAACAUGGACUUAAACUUCCUUGGGAAUAGACCAGUUCAGUUUCCCUAUAUAACUCCAGCUCCACAUGAGCCAGUGAAGACACUGAGGAGUUUGGUGAACAUCCGCAAAGACUCUCUCCGACUUGUGAGGUAUAAAGAUGAUGUUGACAGCCCUACUGAGGAGAAUGGGAAGCAGAAGGUCCUGUACAGCCUGGAAUUCACCUUUGAUGCAGAUGCCCGUGUUGCCAUCACAAUCUAUUGCCAGGCUACAGAGGAGUUUGUUGGUGGCAUGGCCGUAUACAGCACAAAGAAUCCCUCUCUGCAGUCCGAGACAGUUCAUUACAAGAGAGGGGUAAGCCAGCAAUUCUCCCUGCCUUCCUUCAAGAUUGAUUUCUCAGAGUGGAAGGAUGAUGAGCUGAACUUUGACUUGGACCGUGGCGUGUUCCCUGUGGUCAUCCGAGCAGUGGUGGAUGAAGGGGAUGUGGUGGUUGAGGUCACUGGUCAUGCCCAUGUUCUUCUGGCUGCAUUUGAAAAGCACGUUGAUGGCAGUUUUUCUGUGAAACCGCUAAAACAGAAGCAAAUUGUUGACCGGGUGAGCUACCUGCUUCAGGAGAUCUACGGCAUUGAGAACAAAAACAACCAGGAGACCAAGCCUUCAGACGACGAGAACAGCGACAACAGCAACGAGUGCGUGGUUUGUCUGUCGGACCUGCGGGACACCCUCAUCCUGCCCUGCCGCCACCUCUGCCUCUGCAACUCCUGUGCUGACACCCUGCGCUACCAGGCCAACAACUGCCCCAUCUGCAGGCUCCCCUUCCGUGCCCUGCUGCAGAUCCGGGCGGUGAGGAAGAAGCCGGGGGCUCUGUCGCCAGUGUCAUUCAGCCCUGUCCUGGCACAGAGCGUGGACCAUGAUGAGCACUCUAGCUCUGACAACAUCCCCCCAGGCUACGAGCCCAUCUCGCUGCUGGAAGCGCUGAACGGCCUUCGCUCGGUGUCGCCCUCCAUCCCCUCGGCCCCUCUGUACGACGAGAUCAGCUACUCUGGGGUGGUGGACGGGAUGCCUCCCACCAGCCGCCCGCUCGUGGCCAUGGACAGAGCCCUGGAGGGUGGCCACCAAAAGGGCAAGUGCAGCAAGUCUCCAGACAGCACACUACGGUCUCCCUCAUCCCCAAUCCAUGAGGAGGAUGAGGAGAAGCUCUCUGAGGACUCGGACUCUCAGGCGGUGCUGAGUGGGGGUGAGCUGGUCCUGAGGGAGACGAGCUCUCCAGAGAGUGUGGCAGGUGAAGAGAUGGAGGAGGCCUCAUCCAUGCAGCAGGGUAGCCGCCCGCCCUCGGUUGAAGAUGUGCUGCAGGACGGCGGCUGCGGCGAGAGCCGGAGCCUGACGCGGUCCGAGAGUGACCCCCCGGUCGACGUCUUCCUGCCAGCACUGGGUCCUGAUUCCUGCUCUGUUGGUAUAGAGGAGUAAGCUGGCUCGUCCGACUUCAGCAAGACGCUCCCCGUCCGCGGCACCGGCAGCCCCACGCAGCCCCUUCUCUUCGAGCAGACCCGUCUGCACCUG